GGAACCAGAGGUUUCUUUUUUCGGUGUUAUGGGAUUUGCCGUGACGCGUGCUUGUGGGUACGUGAUGUUUGGUCGCCCACUCGAGUGAACGAGAACCGAGGUUGCCAUAAACGCGACACACAGGGAAGUCUUUUUAAGAUAAGUUGUGUUACGGGAAGCACCAUGGAUGAAGAGGAGCAGUUUGUGAACAUUGAUCUCACUGACGACAAUAUCUGCAGCGUCUGCAAGCUGGAGACCGAUACAGGAACCUUAUCUUUCUGCCAUGUUUGCUUCGAACUCAGCAUUGAAGGUGUCUCCUCUACUACCCUGUUGCAUUCAAAGUCACUGCGCGGUCACCGAGACUGCUUUGAGAAGUGCCACCUCAUUGCCAACCAGAAGCUGUCACAGUCCAAGGUCUCCCGCAGUGCCUACGAGGGCAUGAAGCUGGCCCUCAGCCAGAAACUCCACCGCAUCAUCCAGUACGCCCAGAACAAAGACAAUGUCCCCACAAACGGCCUCAGCAGACGCGGAACCAGGCUCCUUUGUUACAGCCAGCAGAGUGACUGCAAGCUGCUGCCCCAGUCGGAAGCCCAGGUGCCCCGCUACACCCCCUGCUGGGAGCCGGGCGAAGCAACGCGGCUGCCCGGCUAUGCCAUUGGGAUGUUUGGGUGCCAUGCGGCCCAGGAGCUGAGGCUUCUGCAGAACUCGCCGGGAGACGUUUGGUCCAGUGGCGGAAGGAAAACUCUACAGAUCCGUAAUCCGCCAACAGCAGGAGGGCAAACAAAGUGCAGACAUCAGGGCCACAGCAGGGAUGAAUUGACCAGAAUGUCUACAGAUGAGCUCCAUCAGUUGAACGCCCAGCUUCUCAAGCAGAUUCAAAACGUCUUCGAGCAGCUGACGGCGGCCGUGCAGGAGAAAGACUCGCUGGCGUCCGAGCUGCACGUGCGUCACGUCGCCAUUGAGCAGCUCUUCAAGAACUGCGCCAAGCUGCCCUGGCUGCACAUCAGCAGGGCGGGGGUCAAGGCCAGCAGCGGUAGCAGCAGCGGCGGCCCUGUGGAGUGACACUGUACGUCUUUGGGACACUUUUAUACACGUUUGCUGCAAUAACACGGGGGGCGGGGAGAAUUGCCACAUGUGCAUAGUUGUGGUAAGAAUACAACUAUUAGUGCUGGGUUCCAACAUCUGUGGCCCUGUAGACGAUACGUUGUGCUUCUAAAACACACGCUAAAGCAGGCUUGGAAAAGGCAUGUGUAUUCAGUUUUUAUGGUUUCCUCUACAAUAUUUUCAACAGAUUUCUGUUUCUAAUCAUCAUACUCGUGCUUGGAUAUGCGUUGUCGGUCAUACUGAGCUACCGGCAGCAUUAAUCUCCCAUUUUUUGCGGCGAUCAAACUGCUCCGGAGUCAUUUCUGGAAGCUGCCACCAUUCUCCGGUGUACAUAAGAGGCGAAUGUACAUAUUGCAACAAAAAUGGCCGAAGUUUAAGCCUGAAAACGCAACACACCCAAAAGGACUUGAAGGCAAUUAGUUAGAUCACAACAAUCAAUCACGAUAACCGACAAGCACAAGUGCCAGAGGUGCACGGCUUCAGAAGAAAUACAAGCAACAUCAAACGUGUGAACAUGUUUCGCAUGGGCUUCAAGAAUGGAGAUGAAUUCCCUGAACGUGAAGCUGCCUGCAGUACUCAACUUUGUUUGUCCUUAAGCUUAUUUUUAGCGUGGAGAUGUUGGAGAAUUUGCAAUAGGAGCCCGUUUUUAAACAAGAACUAUGCAAGCAAAGGCUGUCAGUGUUGAAGCCUUUUUAAAUCAAAUAAGUUUCUCAGAGGAGGCCCUGUUGGCUGCACAAAUACUAGCUUUGACUGGGUUUUCCUUUUUAAACAAUUCUAAAUUUGUUAGCGUUUAUUCUCUCUUUGUAAGAGAUUGGAUUCAUUUGACCUUUUUUGGGGUUAGGCUCUAUUUUAAAUGUGGAUUUUGUGUGUUCACGUGCUUGGGGGUUCAGACUGCUGUUACGAAUGCAGAUUUUUUUGGAUGCUUUAAAUGUGGAUGCUGUGUAUUUUUGUAUAUUGUAGGAAAAAAAAUGGCUGUGCACAUCAAUGCCUUUUGUUCAGCAGAAAUCGUCUACUGAAGAUGCAAGUAUCGGUUACGUUUCUUUAUACUUGACUUUUGUUCUUUCUCGUUUUGUGUUGCGUGAUCUUGUUCUUCCUGACACAAGCUGGUGUGAUUUGUGCUUUUUAGUUUUAGGAAGAUAUUUCAAUAAAAUAAAACAUUUUUUUUUUACAGCAAACAGCUGCAUUUACUUUUAAGUUAUAUGUGCCUCGCCACUCUGUGCUUCGAAUUUCACCGCUUCGCUCUAUCGUGGUGGUUCAAAAUCAAUCAUAAAUAAUCGCUGUUUUAUUAUUUUUUUGUCAAAAAUAUGCAGAUUUGACACGUUUUUGGCUUAAAUUAAGCACUAUCAAGCAAUAGAAUAUAAGUCAUGUAGAAGACUCAUUCAAACAGACGUGAUAUGUAGUUCUCUGCACUGGUCACUAGGUGUCAGUAAUGUCACAUUAUGUUACAUUGAUGAGACAACAGUCACAGCAGGAAGAACUGUCCAGAAACUGGUACAACAGCAAGGAACUUCCCCAAUGCUAACGUGUCAGUCUAUAUUUUCCAUUAUUAUGUCUACUAUAUCGGGUAAUACAAGUGUAAAGGCAACUAUAGGGGUGUUACUUGAUGUCUAGAGGGCUCUAAUGAUGUUAACCAUAUUUGGAAGGUUGUAAACACGUUUUCUAUGCUCUAACUAUGAAUAUAUUUGGUUUAUAAAUACAGAAUCUAUUUAAUAAAGAUCGAUUUUAGUACAAUGCAGGGGUGUCCAAAGUGCGCCCAUUUGCGGCCCACAGCUUGUUUUUUUGUUUUUUAUUGGCCCUCGGCACAUUGAAAUAAAAUUUUACAAAAAGCAGGGUGAAAAGGCACAGACAUUGAGACAAAGCUGAAAUGUUGAUACAAAUAACACAAAGCUUUGUAUUUGAAUAUAUAACAUUUUUAAUGUUCAUACAGUAUACAUAUUUUUAUAUAAUAAAAAUAGCAGUGCUACCUCCCGCAUCCAUUGAUUUUUCAGUCUGCGGUCCUCAGUGGAAGAAGUUUGGACACCCCAGGUACAGUAGAUCGCAGGUGAAAGUUAUGUAGUUACUACACGGUGACUCCACUUCCAUCUGCUCAUCAACUUUUAUCUUUCUUUAGUGGUGAGGACCUGUGCAUUUUGUAAUCUAACAAUUUACAACAGUCACUCUUACUGCAAAUGGUGAUCCUAAAGAGAGCGUCAACGCCAAGCUAGCAUGGGUGUUUGGAGGAGUAGGAGUGAGCUAUGUGCCAAAAAUAGACGUUUUUAUUGGCGUAUCAAUUCCGAAGAGAUUUCCCCCAUUCGCUGGUGGUACCGGAACGUAAACCCCACGAAAAGCAGGAUCUACUGUAAGAUAAGAUAUGCCUUCAUUAGUCCCACAAGGGGAAAUUUUUGUACUUGAUUUGUCCACGAUUUGUAUAUGAUAACACCACAAAGUGCUGCUCCUCAGACACUGUAGAGUUUGUCCACUGUAAGCCUUCCAAUUUACUCCAUGAAAGCCAGGUCGUAACCACGUUGACGUAUUAAAUAUUACAAA